AUGCUAAUGUGCAAUGACACUGCAUUGUGGUUUCUCUGCAGAAUAUUUGUCAUGCCCUCGAGGAUGUGCCUUAGUUCAGUGCACAACACAAAGGGGAUAAUUGAUUCAAGCAACGCAACUUCAAAUCCAAGAUGGGAAACGAGCUAUUGUGCAAUGGAAUCCUUAUAUGAUAUAGACCUCAUAUCGAAGACUGUACCUGUUGUUUUGGACAAUCCGCGUUCAUGGUAUGGGAUAGUAUCAAGAAGUACAAAACUAGGAGAAGGAAACGUAGUGCACGUGCAAGGAGUUAGCAGAGAUGAACUCAAAGAUAAUCCACUUUACUCAGAUGCUCUUCUUGUAAACCGCACUGCAAGUCCUCUUGCUUGGUUUAUGGAGUGCAAGGAUCGGACCAAGCGUACCUCUGUGAUGUUACCAUACACUUUUCUGCCAACUAUGCCAGCUAGAAAACUGAGAGUUGCAGCACGUAAGAUAAAAGAGAUCCUUGGUGAAUAUGAUGCUAUUCAUGUCAGACGGGGUGACCUACUGAAGAAUAGGAAAGAUAGAUUUGGUGUUGAGAGGAGCCUUCAUCCUCAUCUGGACAGAGAUACCCGCCCUGAGUUCAUCAAAAGAAGAAUCGCAAAGUGGAUUCCAAAAGGUCGCACUCUUUUCAUUGCUUCAAAUGAAAGGACACCAGGCUUCUUCUCGCCUCUAUCAGACAGGUACAAGUUGGCAUACUCAUCUAACUUCAGUAGCAUAUUGGAGCCAAUAAUCGAGAACAAUUACCAGUUAUUCAUGGUGGAAAGGUUAAUCAUGCAAGGAGCAAAGACAUUUGUGAAGACAAUGAAAGAGCUGGAUAGUGAUCUUGCCCUCUGCGACGACCCCAAAAAGAACACCAAAAACUGGGAAGUACCAGUUUACACUAGAUGA